UUAUAAACAAAUAAAAUUUAUACGUUAUAAAUAUUAUACGAUUUUCUAUAAAAAUCAUCUAAAAGUUAUUUUGAAUUGAUUGAUAAAUCAGAAAAAUCAAUUAAUAUAUUUUGAUAGUUAAAAUUUAUAAAUGACGCCAUUUUAAUUAAUAAAAUUUUAUUUUUUUGGUGUUGGCAUAGCUGUAAUCGAUUAAUAGAAAUUUCAUAAUCGAAAUAAAUUUUAAUAGUUGGCCAACUUCAUGUCAAACAUCAUAAUUGAGUAAGAAAUUUUUUUUUUUUCAUUCUAAAAAAAAGAGAGUGAACUGUGAGAAGAGAGUCGUCAGCUUCGUCGUCGUUGUCGUAUAUUUUCAACGUAAAACAAGUCUCUCGAAGUCUCGGAUUUUAAAGUCCAUCUACGAGAGAAGUUGUUGAAUAUUUGUGUGUUAAUGUGUGAUAAUCAAGGCAUUUUAAAUUACAGUGAAUUUGUGUUUUAAUAAUAAUCAAAAAUCAAUUUUACUCCGAAAAAUUAAAUAACCAAUUUCUCUCUCUGACAGUGUGUGUCUCGGUGGUGAAUAUAAAAAUAAUAUUAAUUUAACAAACAGAGACACAAUGGUUGACUACUACAAAGUACUUGAGAUCACACGAACAGCAACAACUGCUGAUAUUAAAAAAUCAUAUAGAAAAUUAGCUCUCAAAUGGCAUCCGGAUAAAAAUCCAGAUAAUCCAGAAGAAUCAAAUAAAAAAUUCAAAGAACUUUCAGAGGCGUAUGAAGUAUUGAUUGAUGAAAAAAAAAGAAGGAUUUAUGAUCAAUAUGGAAAAGAGGGUCUUCAAAUACCUGGCAAUAAAAGAAGACAUGAAGAUGAUUUUGAUCCACAAUUUAAUAACUGGUUUGUCUUUAGAGAUCCAGAAGAUGUUUUUCGAGAAUUUUUUCAUGGUUCACCAUUUACUGAUUUAUUUGAUGUAAUGAAUGGAGGCAGUGGACGUCGAGGAAAUCAUAGACAUAGUAAUAAUUCACGUAACAAUACAUUAAAUUCACCAUUUGGACCACUUGACAUUAGUUUAGGAUCACCAUUUGGAUUUUUUGGUGGUCUUGGUGGUUUUGGUGGUCUUGGUGGUUUUGGUGGUGGUGGUGGAGGUGGUGCUACUGAUGUAUUUUCAUCAUUUGGACAUUUUACAACUGGCGCAGCACCUACAUCAGGAACAACAAGAAAAACAAGUACAUCAACAAGAUUUAUGAAUGGAAAAAAAAUAACAACACACAAGGUUCAAGAAGGAGCUAAAGAAACAAUUAUGUUCUACGAAAAUGACGUGUUAAAAUCUAAAACAGUCAAUGGAGUUCCUCAAUCAAUAACGUUGAAUGAAGCAUCGACAAGUCGUCAAAAUGACAGAAGCAUCGAUAGUGGAUCAACAAAUUCAAAUCACAAUAGCCAUGGCACUAAAGUUGCCCCAGGACUUAACAAGAUUAAAUCACAUCAUCAUCAUCACCAUCAUCAUCAUCAUUCUUCAAAGCACGACAAAAGAAAUUGAAUUCAAUUUCACAUAUUGUGUUAAGUCAAACCAUUUUUUUUCUCGCAUGCAAGACAUGCAGAAGCUCGAUUAGUAUAAAUUAAUUUCGAGCAGAUAAUUAGCUUGAUUUGUCAAACAACACGACGACCAAAAAUCAUUAUUGAUAUUCAAAAAAAAAAAACAACACAAUUGUCAUUCAGCUGAUCACAACACACAAAAAAAAAAUUUUUUUUCUUUUGAUAAAUAAAAUCAAUAAAAAAAAAAAAAAAUCAUCGAAACAUUGAUUCAUCUUUUUAUUUUAUAUACUUUCAUAAUUAUUUUUUUUUUUUUUUCUUAUUUUGUAUAAUUUACUCAUGACUUUUAUGAAUAAAUAAUUUAAUUUUCGAUAAUUUACGUUUAAAAAAAAAAUUGAAAAUUGACUUAAAAAAUAAACACUGCUGUGAAAUUAAAUUAAAAUAUAAAUUUGAUUUUUUUUUUUUAGUAUAAAAAGAUGAAUUAAUUGAUCUAAUUUUUAAAUAAUUUAAAUUGUGAUGGAUAGUUAAAUUAAAUAGUAUUUAAAUAUUGUUCAAAACAACAUAAUCAAUUUAAAAAAAAAAAAACAUACACCCUCAACUUGAAGACUUGAUUUGUCACUGCUGUCUUAGAUUUAUUCAUAAUCACAUUAGA